UCCUGCAGCUUUUCUUAACAGUUUGUUGUUAGCCAGCCGAUGGCAGUUAUUUACUUCUAAAGUUUAACUUUUCAUUCGUUUUAUCUCAUAAAAACAAAGUGAAACAAACCGAGCUAAGCUCAUGUUUCGCACAGCUAGUUAGCAUUAGCCGUUAGCCGUAUUUAGCGGCUGUGUGGAGCGGGAGUGGCGGCGGCUGUCGGCGGGCAGGAUGAGCUCCUCCGUGGGCCUGCACACUGAGCUGGCCGCCGUCAUGGAGUCUCUGGUCCACGCUGCUGUGGCGGAGCUGAAGAAGCUGGUGGAGGACAGCCCGGAGGACCAGACCGGGGGCGACGAAGUGGAGCCACAUCUGCGGGCAAAAUUGCAGCCCGACAGCCUGGAGAAGAUGGUGCUGUUUGCCUCCAUCAUGGAGACUCUGGGGAAUGAGGCUCUGGGGAAGAUCAUGAACAUCGUGGAUGAAGCUAAACUGUUGGUGGAGCUGGAGUCCAGGAGGGGCGCCAAAAGACCGCAGACCAGCAUCCUAAACGUCCUCAACAACGCGCGUGUUGAAGUCGAACACUCGUACGGAGUCCGACUCGAAAGCUCCGACACGCACAGAUCCACUCAGACUGAACCAGAGGAACCAGAGGAACAUGAAAAUCCCUUUGUACUGGCAGUCACCGUUAAAGACGAACAUGGCAACAUCGACCUCGGAGCAAUCGCUGAGCGAGCUCGAGUUGAAGCUGCUCAGCCGGUGACCUCUGACCUCCAGCAGCAGCAGCAGAAAGUUUCCAGCACGCAGGAGUUUGUUCUGCAGAGUGUCACGUGGAAAUACUUCAUGUGCACAACGUGCAGUAAAUCCUUCACGUCGCAGAGCAAUCUGAAGUCUCAUUACCGCAUCCACACGGGAGAGAAGCCGUUUGACUGCAGCGUCUGUGGCCGAGCUUUCCGUCAGAGGCAGAGUCUGCAGAGUCACAUGAGGACGCACACCGGCGAGCGACCGUACGAGUGUCCGCAGUGCGGCAAGUGUUUCUCCAAGCAGACGCAGCUCAAGACGCACGCCAUCAUCCACACCGGAGAGAAGCCAUAUGGCUGCGACAUGUGUGGCCGCCGCUUCAACCUGCUGCAGAACCUGCACCGCCACGCACACACCCACACCGGCAAGAAGAUUUUCGUCUGCGGCGUCUGCGGAAAAGGCUUCACCCGUGCUGUCACGCUUAAAACGCACGAGCUCAUCCACACCGGACAGAAACCCUUCAAAUGUGAGCAGUGCCCCAAAACUUUCCGCCACGCCGCCAACCUCAAGAACCACCAAAGGAUCCACAGCGGUGUGAGGCCGUUCACCUGCGACCUCUGCGGCAAGAGCUUCCGCCAGUCGGUGAACCUGAAGAUCCACCGGAGGAUCCACACCGGCGAGCGUCCGUUCAGCUGCCAGGAGUGCGGCAAGACGUUCAGCCAGCAGAGCAGCCUGAUCUCACACGGUCGCACACACUCUAAAGAGCGGCCAUUCGCCUGCAGCUCCUGCGACAAGAAGUUCAACAAUGCCAACAGCCUGAAACUGCACCUGCGUGUCCACACCGGAGAGAAGCCAUACACCUGCGACAUCUGCGGCAAGACCUUCAGCCAGGGCAGCCACCUGAGGACGCACAAGAGGCAUGUCCACGCCGGCGGCAAGCAGUACAUCUGUGACAAGUGUGGGAAGAGAUACUCGGACCAACGCAACCUGAAGCUGCACAAGUGCGGCUACGCGUGAAUGUGACCAGCCAGGAAUCAGUUUUGAGCUGCCACAUGUUUGGAAUAAAAUUUACAGUUUCGUCAAUGGAGUUUGGAACACUCAGAGAAUAUAAAAAGCUGAAUGUUGCUUAAUGUUCUGUUCAAGAUAGAAUACUCUGAUUCUUGAAAGGGAGGGUGGAUGUCAGACAGGAAGUGGACCUGUUUUGCCGUCAGAUUUAACACUUGAACCUCAGUGUCUGUUACCAGGGAGAUGCCUCCAUCUAGAGCUGUGACAUCAGAAUCAAUAUUUAUAAAUAAUCAAUGAAUUUCUGACUUUCUCCAAUGAGUUCCACUAAGCUAAACAUAUAACUUCAGCUGCCCAGCAAGUGUCUGAAUAUUCUUUACAGCAAAGCUAUCUGGGACUUGUGGUUGACCUCUCUCCUCAGGUAACUGAGGACUCUGUGACCUUUGACCUUUCUCAGCUCAGUGUUACCUGGUUUGUUCUGGUGUUUCAGACACUGAAUGUGGAACAAAUAAUAAUGCCUGAUAUAAGCCACACCCAUUGAAAUGCUGUAUUAUGAAACCAUGAUUUUUAAUUCUGUUAAUUAUGUUGCUGAAAUUGUCUGUAAAUGUGUACAUAUGCACAUUGUUGCUUUUUAUAAUUUAUUAGAUGAUAUUUUUCAUUUGUUAUAAAUAAUAAAACCUAAACACCUGUGGAAGGA